GAAGAAGAAGAAGAAAUUGAUGAAGAGGAGUUAGAAAGAUUGAAGGCAGAAUUAGAUGAGCAAAGGCAAAUGAUUGCCACUGUAAAGUGCAAACCUUGGAAGAUGGAGAAAAAAAUCGAAGUUCUCAAGGAAGCCAAAAAAUUUGUGAGUGAAAAUGAAGGGGCUCUUGGGAAAGGAAAAGGAAAACGAUGGUUUGCGUUUAAAAUGAUGAUGGCCAAGAAAUGGGUAAAAUUUCUCCGAGAUUUUGAGAACUUCAAAGCUGCCUGCAUCCCAUGGGAAAAUAAAAUCAAGGCAAUUGAAAGUCAGUUUGGUUCAUCAGUGGCCUCGUACUUCCUUUUCUUGAGAUGGAUGUAUGGAGUAAAUAUGGUUCUCUUCAUCUUGACAUUCAGCCUCAUCAUGUUGCCAGAGUACCUCUGGGGUUUGCCAUAUGGCAGCUUACCUAGGAAAACGGUUCCUAGAGCUGAAGAGGCCUCAGCAGCGAACUUUGGUGUGUUGUACGACUUCAAUGGCUUGGCACAAUAUUCUGUCCUCUUUUAUGGCUAUUACGACAAUAAACGAACGAUCGGAUGGAUGAAUUUCAGGUUGCCGCUCUCCUAUUUUCUAGUGGGGAUUAUGUGCAUUGGAUACAGCUUUCUGGUUGUCCUCAGAGCGAUGACCAAAAAUAUUGGUGAUGAUGGAGGAGGUGAUGACAAUACUUUUAACUUCAGCUGGAAGGUGUUCACCAGCUGGGACUACCUGAUUGGCAAUCCUGAAACAGCAGACAACAAAUUUAAUUCUAUCACAAUGAACUUUAAGGAAGCUAUAAUAGAAGAACGAGCAGCCCAAGUAGAAGAAAAUGUCCACUUGAUCAGGUUCCUGAGGUUUCUUGCUAACUUCUUCGUGUUUCUAACUCUUGGAGGAAGUGGAUACCUCAUCUUCUGGGCUGUGAAACGAUCCCAGGAAUUUGCACAGCAAGAUCCUGACACCCUUGGGUGGUGGGAAAAAAAUGAAAUGAACAUGGUGAUGUCCCUCCUGGGGAUGUUCUGUCCAACACUGUUUGACCUAUUUGCUGAAUUGGAAGACUACCAUCCCCUCAUUGCUCUGAAAUGGCUUCUGGGACGCAUUUUUGCUCUCCUUUUAGGCAACUUAUAUGUAUUUAUUCUUGCCUUGAUGGAUGAGAUUAACAAUAAGAUAGAAGAGGAAAAGCUUGUAAAGGCCAAUAUUACCCUAUGGGAAGCCAACAUGAUCAAGGCCUAUAAUGCCUCACUCUCUGGAAACACCACUGGGUCACCCUUUUUUGUUCACCCUGCAGAUGUACCUCGAGGACCCUGCUGGGAAACAAUGGUAGGACAGGAAUUUGUGCGGCUGACUGUUUCUGAUGUCCUGACCACCUAUGUCACAAUCCUCAUCGGGGACUUUCUCAGGGCAUGUUUUGUGAGAUUUUGCAAUUACUGCUGGUGCUGGGAUUUGGAAUAUGGAUAUCCGUCAUACACCGAAUUUGACAUCAGUGGCAACGUCCUCGCUCUGAUCUUCAACCAAGGCAUGAUCUGGAUGGGCUCCUUCUUUGCUCCUAGCCUCCCAGGCAUCAACAUCCUCCGACUCCACACAUCCAUGUACUUCCAGUGCUGGGCUGUGAUGUGUUGCAACGUUCCUGAAGCCAGGGUCUUCAAAGCUUCCAGAUCAAAUAAUUUCUACCUGGGCAUGCUCCUGCUUAUCCUCUUCCUGUCCACCAUGCCAGUCUUAUACAUGAUCGUGUCUCUCCCACCAUCAUUUGACUGUGGCCCCUUCAGUGGCAAAAAUAGAAUGUUUGAAGUCAUUGGAGAGACAUUGGAGCAUGAUUUCCCGAGCUGGAUGGCGAAGAUCUUGAGACAGCUGUCUAACCCUGGGCUGGUCAUUGCUGUCAUUUUGGUGAUGGUUUUGACCAUCUAUUAUCUGAAUGCAACUGCUAAGGGCCAGAAGGCAGCAAAUCUGGAUCUAAAAAAGAAGAUGAAACAGCAAGCUUUGGAGAACAAAUUGCGAAAUAAGAAAAUGGCAGCUGCACGAGCCGCUGCAGCUGCUGGUGGCCAGUAA